GCAGAGGACCGCGACGAGCAGUGCUUGGGACCCGAUGUCUCCGACCAACCUGCGCCAUCCGAUCGCCGUCAACCCCAUGGCGCGGUUCCUGAGACUCUGCACUUGGCUGCUGGCGCUCGGCCCGGGGCUCCUGGCGACCGUGAGGGCGGAAUGCAGCCAGGACUGCGCGACGUGCAGCUACCGCCUGGCGCGCCCGACUGACAUCAACCCCCUGGCUUGCACACUGGAAUGUGAAGGGAAGCUUCCCUCUCUCAAAACCUGGGAAACCUGCAAGGAGCUCCUGCAGCUGUCUCAGCUGGAGCUUCCCCAAGAUGGCGCCACUGCCCUCAGAGAGAGCAGCAAGCCCGAGGAGAGCCACGUGCUGGCCAAAAAGUAUGGGGGCUUCAUGAAAAGGUAUGGAGGCUUCAUGAAGAAAAUGGAUGAGCUUUAUCCUCAGGAGCCGGAAGAAGAGGCCAAUGGAGGGGAAAUCCUGGCCAAGAGAUAUGGGGGCUUCAUGAAGAAGGACGCAGAGGAGGAGGACGUCCUGGCCAACUCCUCAGACCUGCUCAAAGAGCUGCUGGGAACCGGGGAGAACCGAGAAAGUGCACCCCACCCAGAGGAUGGUGAGGAUGAAGAAGUGGGCAAGAGAUACGGGGGCUUCAUGAGAGCUUUAAAGAGAAGCCCCCAGCUCGAAGAAGAAGCCAAAGAGCUGCAGAAGAGGUAUGGGGGCUUCAUGAGAAGAGUCGGUCGCCCCGAGUGGUGGAUGGACUACCAGAAAAGGUAUGGGGGCUUCCUCAAGCGCUUUGCCGACUCUCUGCCCUCCAACGAAGAAGGCGAAAGCUACUCCAAAGAAGUUCCUGAGAUGGAGAAAAGAUAUGGAGGAUUUAUGAGAUUUUAACCCCCUUGGCAGCCAGUGACCCCCAGGUCCCAGCAAGCCUUCCUCUGCCCCCUAUUACCGCGCAUUGCUUGCAUUGUAGAGCUGCCUUUAUU